UCUCCCUGCUCUAGGAAGGGGCGCUGGAUCUGCUCAAAUCCCUCACCGGCUACACCAUGACCAUCCAGCUGCUCCAGACCACACGGAUCGGGGUGGCCGUGAACUCGGUGAGGAAGCACUGCUCCGAUGAAGAGGUGGUGGCCUCGGCCAAAAUCCUCAUCAAGAACUGGAAGCGGCUUCUGGAGUCCACCACCCCAAAGAAGGAGAAGGACGCGGAUGGGAAGAAGGAGAAGGACUCGGAUGGGGACAGGGACAAGAAGAAGGGGCUGGAUGUUUCCAGCUGCCCCAACGAAGGGGUGAAGCACCCCAAGAACCCGGCUGAGAAGCACAAGGAGAAGCACAAGGAGAGGUGGGGGCUCCUGCCCCCAGCUGGGGGGCACCAGAGGCUGAUAUAA